AUGAAGAAGUUUAAUUUCCGAAAAGUUUUGGAUGGCUUAACUGCCUCCUCCCCUGGCAGUAGUAGCAGCAGUGGCAGUAACAGUGGUGGCGGGGCUGGAAGUGGUUCCAUGCAUCCAGGAGGGACUGCAGGGGUUCUCAGAGAGGAGAUUCAGGAAACCUUGACUUCAGACUAUUUCCAGAUUUGUAAGACAGUUCGGCAUGGUUUUCCUUAUCAGCCAACAGCAUUAGCCUUUGAUCCAGUUCAGAAAAUUUUGGCUAUUGGGACGAGAACUGGUGCUAUACGAAUACUUGGGAGACCUGGCGUUGAUUGUUAUUGUCAACAUGAAAGUGGUGCAGCUGUUCUGCAGCUCCAAUUCUUGAUCAAUGAGGGUGCUUUGGUCAGUGCAGGUUCAGAUGAUACACUUCAUUUGUGGAACCUUAGACAAAAAAGGCCAGCUGUUCUUCAUUCUCUUAAAUUUAACAGAGAACGAAUUACUUACUGUCAUCUACCUUUCCAGAGUAAAUGGCUCUAUGUUGGAACAGAAAGAGGAAAUACACAUAUUGUAAAUAUUGAAUCUUUCAUUCUUUCUGGAUAUGUUAUCAUGUGGAACAAGGCAAUUGAACUAUCCACAAAGACUCAUCCAGGUCCAGUUGUACAUUUAAGUGAUAGCCCAAGAGAUGAAGGGAAACUGCUAAUAGGUUAUGAAAAUGGUACUGUAGUAUUCUGGGACUUGAAAUCUAAAAGAGCAGAACUGAGAGUUUAUUAUGAUGAGGCUAUUCAUUCAAUUGAUUGGCAUCAUGAGGGCAAACAAUUCAUGUGCAGCCAUUCAGAUGGUAGCUUGACUUUAUGGAACCUGAAAAGCCCAAGUCGUCCUUUCCAGACCACAAUUCCACAUGGAAAAACUCAAAGAGAAGGAAGAAAACCUGAAUCUUGCAAACCAAUUCUUAAAGUAGAAUAUAAAACCUGUAGAAACAGUGAACCAUUCAUAAUAUUUUCUGGUGGACUGUCCUAUGACAAAGCUUGCAGAAGACCAAGUUUAACCAUCAUGCAUGGAAAAGCAAUUACAGUGCUUGAAAUGGAUCAUCCUAUCGUUGAAUUUCUAACUUUAUGUGAAACACCCUAUCCAAAUGAAUUUCAAGAACCCUAUGCCGUUGCUGUACUUCUGGAGAAAGAUCUCAUUGUAGUUGAUCUGACACAAAGCAACUUUCCAAUCUUUGAAAAUCCAUAUCCCAUGGACAUUCAUGAAUCACCAGUUACGUGCACAGCAUACUUUGCUGACUGCCCACCAGAUUUGAUUCUAGUGCUCUACUCUAUAGGAGUCAAGCAUAAAAAACAAGGAUACAGUAAUAAGGAGUGGCCAAUCAGUGGAGGAGCUUGGAACCUUGGCACACAGACAUAUCCAGAAAUUAUUAUUACUGGUCAUGCAGAUGGAUCGAUAAAGUUUUGGGAUGCUUCUGCAAUAACACUGCAGAUGCUGUACAAGCUAAAAACUUCAAAAGUGUUUGAAAAACAGAAGGUAGGAGAAGGAAAACAAACAUGUGAAAUUGUAGAGGAAGAUCCAUAUGCCAUUCAGAUGAUCUACUGGUGUCCAGAGAGCAGAAUAUUCUGUGUCUCAGGAGUCUCUGCAUAUGUCAUAAUUUAUAAAUUCAGCAGACAUGAAAUUACAACAGAAAUAGCGUCAUUAGAGGUACGACUUCAGUAUGAUAUUGAAGAUAUUAUUACCCCGGAACCAGAAACAAGUCCUCCAUUUCCUGAUCUCUCAUCCCAGCUUCCUUCUUCAAGGAGUCUUUCUGGGAGCACUAACACUGUGGCUAGUGAAGGAGUAACGAAGGAUAGUAUCCCAUGCCUCAAUGUUAAGACACGACCAGUGCGGAUGCCUCCAGGGUAUCAAGCGGAACUUGUUAUUCAGUUGGUCUGGGUGGAUGGUGAACCUCCACAACAGAUUACUAGCCUUGCUGUAAGCUCGGCAUAUGGAAUAGUUGCAUUUGGGAACUGCAAUGGGUUGGCUGUGGUGGAUUUUAUACAGAAGACAGUACUGUUAAGCAUGGGGACCAUUGACCUAUAUAGAUCAAGUGACCUAUACCAACGACAACCACGGUCUCCUCGAAAAAACAAGCAGUUCAUUGCAGACAACUUUUGCAUGCGUGGCCUGUCUAACUUUUAUCCUGAUUUAACGAAACGGAUCCGUACUUCCUACCAGAGUUUAACUGAGCUGAAUGACAGUCCAGUUCCCCUGGAACUUGAGCGUUGCAAGUCUCCCACUUCAGAUCAUGUAAAUGGACACUGCACAAGUCCAACUUCUCAGAGUUGCAGUUCUGGAAAACGUCUUUCCAGUGCUGAUAUUUCGAAAGUAAAUCGCUGGGGUCCUGGAAGACCACCAUUUCGAAAAGCACAGUCAGCUGCUUGCAUGGAGAUUUCUUUGCCAGUUACAACAGAAGAAAGUCGAGAAAAUUCCUAUAAUCGCUCUAGAAGCUCUAGCAUCUCCAGUAUUGACAAAGAUUCUAAAGAAGCGAUUACAGCACUAUACUUCAUGGAGUCCUUUGUUCGGAAAAAUGACUCUACUAUCUCCCCUUGUUUGUUUGUUGGAACUAGUCUGGGAAUGGUGUUGAUCAUCUCCCUAAACCUACCUUCAGCAGAUGAACAAAGAUUUACAGAGCCAGUCAUGGUAUUGCCAAGUGGUACAUUCCUCUCAUUGAAAGGAGCUGUCCUAACAUUCUCCUGUAUGGACCGAACUGGCAGAUUAAUGCAACCACCAUAUGAAGUCUGGAGGGAUCCAAACAACAUAGAUGAAAAUGAGAAAUCUUGGAGAAGAAAGCUGGUCAUGAACUGCCCCUCUCCAUCCCAAGAAAUAGGAGAUCAUCAGUAUACAAUAAUCUGCUCAGAAAAACAAGCCAAAGUCUUCUCACUGCCUUCUCAGACUUGCCUCUAUGUUCAUAACAUCACCGAGACAUCUUUUAUACUGCAAGCAGAUGUGGUGGUCAUGUGUAACAGUGCCUGCUUGGCAUGCUUUUGUGCCAAUGGGCAUAUCAUGAUAAUGAGCCUACCUAGUCUUCGCCCAAUGUUGGAUGUUAAUUAUUUGCCACUGACAGACAUGAGGAUAGCACGGACGUUUUGUUUUACCAAUGAAGGACAGGCAUUAUACCUUGUCUCUCCUACUGAAAUUCAGCGGUUAACAUACAGCCAAGAGAUGUGUGAUAAUCUACAGGACAUGCUAGGAGAUUUGUUUACUCCCAUAGAGACACCAGAAGCUCAAAACAGAGGCUUUCUCAAAGGACUGUUUGGUGGAAGUGGACAAACAUUUGACAGAGAAGAGCUCUUUGGGGAAGCUUCAGCAGGAAAAGCAUCACGCAGCCUCGCACAGCACAUUCCUGGACCAGGUAGUAUAGAAGGGAUGAAAGGUGCUGCCGGAGGGGUGAUGGGAGAGCUGACUCGUGCACGGAUCGCACUUGAUGAGAGAGGACAGAGGCUAGGAGAGCUGGAAGAGAAAACUGCAGGCAUGAUGACCAGUGCAGAAGCAUUUUCCAAACAUGCACAUGAGUUAAUGCUGAAAUAUAAGGAUAAGAAAUGGUACCAAUUCUAA